CUUUACGCUCCCCCCAGGUACACAUUUUCGCUGCUGCAAUGGCUUCGCGUCUGGCUAAGAGCGCCAUUGGUGCUACCCGGCUCCGGCCGACUCUUCCCUCACGCAGCCUUGCUGCUGUCGCUCCGCACCUCACCAUCUCCCGCUCAGCCUCCAAUGUUCCUGCGGAAGAUCCUAAGAAGAAGGCUCAGUCUAUCCUCGAUGCUAUCCCUGGAAAUAACCUGGUUUCCAAGACUGCCGUCCUUUCCGCCGCUGCUGGUCUCUCUAUUGCUGCCAUCAGCAACGAGCUCUACGUCGUGAAUGAGGAAACUGUUGUUGCUUUCUGUGUGCUCAGCGUCUUCACGGCUCUCGUUAAGUACGGUGGUCCCGCGUACAAGGAAUGGGCUGAGGGCCAGGUCAAGAAAUACAAGGACCUCCUGAACGCUGCCCGUGCCGACCACACCAACGCUGUCAAGUCGCGUAUCGACAACGUCAACGCUCUGUCUGGUGUUGUUGAGGUUACAAAGCAGCUCUUCGAGGUUUCCAAGGAAACCGCCCAGCUCGAGGCUAAGGCCUUUGAGCUCGAGCAGCGCACCGCUCUGGCUGCUGAGGCUAAGCAGGUCCUUGACUCCUGGGUGCGCUAUGAGGGCCAGGUUAAGCAGCGCCAGCAGCGCGAACUUGCCGAGUCCGUCAUCAGCAAGAUCCAGAAGGAGCUCCAGAACCCCAAGGUUCUCCAACAGAUCCUUCAGCAGAGUGUCGCCGACGUCGAGAAGAUCAUGGCUUCUAAGGCCCAGUAAAUGGAUUCUAUAUGGUUGGCUCCGCGGUCGGCUUGAUGUAUAAAAUAGAGAGAUGUUCGCUGUGAUCGUCAGUAGACAUGGCAAUACCAUGUUCUGUUAAAUGGAUUUGCAAUUCACGCUGAAUUUCAUUUUUCUUUCCAGUUGCAGCUGCAUGAUGUUCGCGAUAGUGGUCCGCCAUUAUGGGAGUUUGUAAAUGACCUAAAGUAAUUAGCUGUCGAAGGCGUAUAUGAUCCUAUCCCUGCAUCUCGGGGUCUUCAGUAAAGGACGUCCCUGUCAAUCCAUAUCGCAGGCUGAGCUCAUCUUGCCAGGAAAUGAAGGCUAAGCGCGGCAGCUACCUGGAUAUCUUCCAUAGUCAAAAGUCUAAA